GACUCCUCUUCAAUGUUUCGGUCCAAAGCGGAACCCGCCCAAAGAUGGAAGAGAGGAACAGAGCCCACUCCCAACCGCGCGCUCCCUCGCUGACACCACGCGCCGUCCCUCGCCACCUCCGCACCGCCGCCGCGCUCGCGGCCGCCGUCCAGGGCUUCAUCAACGCGUCCCCGCCCCGCGCCGAGUCGCAGACCCUCCACGCCCAGCUCCUCACCUCGGGCCUCCGCGCCACCACCGGCCUCUCUGUCAAGCUCCUCGUCCUGCACAUCCGAUGCGGCUCCCUCCACAACGCCCGCUCGGUGUUCGAUGGAAUGCCAACGCCGACCCACGCCGCUCAUAACUACCUUGUCGCCGGGUACUUCCGGCGGGGCCUCCCCGGAGAGGCGCUCGGGGUCGUGAGGCGGCUCGCGGGGACCACGGGGCGGGUGGACGUCUUCGCGCUGUCCAUGGCGCUGAAGCUGUCCGCGGCGCUGCCGCUGCCAGCCGUCUUCCUGAGGGAGGUCCACGCGCGCGUGGUGAGGUCCGUCGUCGGAUUCGACGAGAUCCUCUUCGCCGCGUUAGUGGACGCCUACGUCAAGAAUGGGUCGUUGGGCUACGCACGGCGGGUGCACGGCAUGAUGCCCGUGCGGAGCGUGGUGUGCUCGACGGCGCUGGCCGUCGGGUGUAUGAACGAGGGGCUGUACGAGGAUGCCGAGGCUAUAUUCGUGGGGAUGGUGGAGAAGGACGUCGUUGCAUACAACGCGAUGGUCGAGGGGUACAGCAAGACGGAGGAGACGGCGGAGGGCUCCCUCGAGGUGUUCAAGGCGAUGCUGCAAGCGGGGUUCCGGCCGACGUUGUCGACGUUCGUGAGCAUUCUUGGCGCAUGCUCACUCUUGUCGUCACCGGAGCUCGGCGAGCAGGUGCAUUGCCAGGCGAUCAAGAGCAGCCUCUUCUGCGACAUCAAAGCAGGAAGCGCGCUCGUCGACAUGUACUCCAAGUGCGGCAGGGUGGAGGACGGCCGGAGGAUCUUUGACCGGAUGCUGGAGAGGAACGUUGUCACCUGGACAUCUAUGAUCGACGGGUACGGGAAGAACGGCCUCUCCGACGAGGCCCUCCAGCUGUUCGGUGAAAUGCGGAAGCGGCAGGACGUCAGUCCGAACCACACCACCUUCUUGAGCGUGCUGUCUGGGUGCGCGCACGCCGGCCUGCUGUCACAGGGCCAGGAGGUCUUCCAGAGCAUGGAGAGCGAGUACUCGCUGCGGCCACGGAUGGAGCACUACGCCUGCAUGGUGGACCUGCUGGGCAGGUUCGGAAGCGUGCGCCAGGCAUACGAUUUCAUCAGAGGGAUACCGGCGAGGCCAAACUCCGACGUGUGGGCUGCAUUGCUCGGGGCGGCCACGCUGCACGGGGACGGCGACCUGGCCGAUGUCGCGGCGAGGGAGGUCUUUGAGCUGAGCCGCGCGGGGAGACCGGGCGCCUACAUGGCGUUCUCCAACACGCUCGCGGCGGCGGGGAAAUGGGACGGCGUGCACGAUGUUCGAGAGACGAUGAAACGGCGAGGGGUGCUGAAAGACGCUGCCUGCAGCUGGGUCGGCUCUGAGAACUCGCCACCCGUCGACUGACGUGAAUUAAGGUCCCUUCAAGUGGAGUUUUUACCUUGCUCGUGGCUUGUAAAAUUUUUCCUGUAACAUUUUUACUUUCCUCUAUUGAGGAAAAAUCCAAUUUUGCAAUUCAUACUAUGUAGAAUAUACAACAAGUUGCAUGCUUUGUGAGACA